GAGACCAAGCCGUGUUUUUAUCUUGCGGAAGUGCACCGCAAAUUUACGCCGCCGCACUUCGCCACAGACGGCGACUCGAAAAAUAGAAAGUUCGCUUCUCGUGGUUUGUCGCUGCUUUCGUCGAAGAAAUAAAACCUCGUUGAAUUGCACCAACUGCCAUCGAGCUUACACAUAAACUAAACAAGAAUGAUAGAAUCGCGAGCGCCCUGGUCGUUCGUCUUUCGUAUUCGUGUACGACCCCCUCGCACAGAAUGCACAAGUUCGGCUCGCGUGAUGCAUGCGACAGCCCGCAUGCGUAUUUGUUAUCUGUUCAACCGCAGCUGUUUUUAGAACGCGGACCACUCGAUAUUAAGAGAAAACCUACAGAAGUCUUGUUAAAAAUAAAGGAAUCGUCAUAGCAGAAUUGGCUUAUCCUUAGCACGGGGCCCCCGCCGAAUCAUGAUCAAUUGGCCGAUUACGUACUUCUUCCCCUAUCACGUGCUGGACUGCGUCGGCCUCCAGGGUACGAAAGGAGCGACGUCGCUUGCAGUUGACAACUACUGCUUUUGAUUCGUAGAUUGUUUGUGCAUGCCAACCAACCGGCUCGGGUCCUUUUUGGAAGGCAUGGGUGCGGGGGAAUCAACUCGACAAUACAACAACGGAUAAUGUUUCCUCGUGUCGCGUAGUUGCAUUCUCAUUUAUUUUCUUAUUGCGCUUGGUCCUUCGGUCUUGACACCAGUGCACGUUGUACAAGUGUUGAUUACUAGACUGCUCCUCCAAAGCACCAGGACCCGAAGCCCCGGUCGACCAGGUCUGUUCGACUGCCGGAUCAGGGCGAGUUCGUUGUUUUCGCAUUUUUUUCGCAUGGCAUACCCACCGCGUUUGUCGGAUACGCGGCCUACGUGAUCGCGGGGAUGGGUGGCCGCUACGCGGAGGUGACGCACCCGGGCUGCCCCGAGGCGCGGGUGCGCGUGUACCAGUUGGUGUCCGGGGCCGUCACACUGUGCGCCUUCAACUUCUGGGCCUACCAUUCACUCCGAGCGGUGUGCAAACUGGACAUCAUGCCCACCGUGUCGGCCCUGUACGAGGAAGACAAGGCCCUGGCGAGCGCCGCGGCGACGGGGGGCACAACUUCGUUCUUGUUUGUGGGCGACGAACAGGACAACGCAACAACGAGGACCGACGAAGCAUUGUCCUCGCUGGGACACCCCCGGCCGUCUUUUGACGGGGAAACGCCGAAGAUGUUGAUCUCGGCCGGUGGUCAUCGUGCUCGAGUCGACGCUAUUCCAUUGGUGAGGAUCGUAAAUCCGAGUAGUAGACGAGUGGAUGGCACUGCUGGAUACCUUCUCUUCGCUGCCCUACCGUACCCGCACCACAAUCGCACCGCCUGCGGUGACAGCAGAACUUGCCGCUUGCGACGCGUAAGAAUGAGCGCGCCUUCGGGGAUGAAGAACGGCAGCAAUAACAGCGAGAGGAGGGCGAGGAAGGUAUACUGCGAAGAGAAACAAAGCGACCGCUUGAGAUUGUACCAGCGUGCGGCGGAGUUUAUGUUCUUAGAACGCAAAACAUCACGACGUAGGUCAAGCGAACGAUUGUUCGCGGAACUAACAAUGUGCGAUGUGGUCGAACCUGUUUCCUUUCGAGGAAAUCGAAAUGCGUAAAAUAACCCGGUAGUUCUAGUUCUUUGCGGUUUUUUUAGCAGGAGGCAUGUCGUAAAAA